AUGGCACUGCACAAGUCGCUGUUCCGACGGCUGAAGAACGUGCUGCCGCUGUCCAUAACCAUUGUGCUGCUGUUCUACUACACGUUCCGCAACGAGAUAGACAUCCUGAACUCCUUCGCCGAGACAAACCACGUCCCUACCACAGUCGAGACUUUGCAAACAAGCGCGAAGGGAACUCACGAAGAACUGUCAGUCGAUGACCUGCUGGACAAGAACAGGUUCUACCCGCUACUAGUCUCGAACAAGGACAUCGAUCCGUUUCAGGACCCACGGCUGCUGACUAGCAAAGGCAGGAUGGGCGCAAGGAUAUACCCAGUGCUUAAUAAGGUCGAAGUGCCAGUACACAUGAUAAGCUCAGAGAAGGUCGCACCUAUUCAAUCAGACAAGCUUGUACAAGAAGGUGCCGCGCAUGAUAUGCUGGAUAGAGUACGAAACCUCUUCUUGAAAUCGUAUAGCCAAUUGAAGAAUCAGAAAAACUUGUAUGAAAACCCAUUGAACUGGCCAAUUGACCUCAUCGACACCCUAGACACACUGCACAUUAUGAAUUUGACGAAUGAAUUUGAUGAUCUGGUUGAUAACGUGAUAGCUAAGAUUAAUUUUAAAAACCCUACUAUAUCGAUGAAAGAAGACGAAAUAACAUUUAUUGACGUAGCAGACAUUUCUCAACGUGUGCUUUCGAGUAUGAUCUCCGCGUUUGAUCUUUCCAAAAACCAAGUCUUACUGAACAAAGCACGAGACCUUGCUGACUACCUUCUGACAAUUUUUGACACACCAAAUGGGUUGCCGCUAAUAGAUUACCCUGUUAACUCGAAAUUGGUAAAUAGAUUUCCUUACAGAGAAAUUAAUCCAGCAAGGCUGACAUCCAUGACCGUUGAGUUUGUAAGACUGACGCACCUUUUAAAGGAGGAUAAAUACUUCAACGCUGCAUACCAUAUUUAUAAGACAAUUGCCGAAUCUACAGAUCAAUUUGCUAUUAACUAUCUCUUCCCAAAUAUUGUGGAUCCUUCUGGAUGUGAACUUUUGACAGAUGAUGAAAUCAAACAAGGCAAGCACCUAAAAUCCAAUAUUUUGAAAACCAUUGAUGAAAAUUAUAAGUUUGCAUUCUGUAAGCAAACGAAUGGUCUUGCAAGAUCGGAGGUAAAAGUUGUGAGGGAUGUUGACAAAGUAAUCAAAACGCAAAAAAGAAAACAGGUUAUUACACUUGAUGGAACCACUAUACCUCUAUAUCAAAAUUUAAUAAAGAUUAUGCCGAUGUUGAAAAAUCAUGAUAUAUUAAGGUUACACGAGAUUACCUUUGAGGAAGAAGAUGGUGUCAUUGGAAAAAGAGAUAAGAUAGUAGCUUCAAAGGAGGACAAUUCUUUGCUGCAGGAAAAAAACGAUGUUCGGUUAUUAUCUUCCAAAGGAUUAUUUUUUGGCUUGAUGCAGCACGUCCGCGACUUAAUGAUUUACAGACCCAUUACUCCAUUGAAAUUGGAUAAUGGUGAAGCACCUUUAUUUUUAAGUUCAAUCGAAACAUAUACGAGAUAUAUCCCGACUUCUAAUGAAUUGGAGAUUGAAAUGUUAAGGCAGUUUGACCAUAAAUCAGAUGCAUGUUCUUUUGCUAGUAUGAUGAUUUAUGGUGCAAAGCUGUUUGAGAAAGAAAAGGACUUCGAUUUCCAAUUAUUGGGGAAGGAAGUGAAUCAUAUAGCAGCUGAGCUUGCCGAGAGUUGUUAUAAACUAUCUAAGGAAUUUAAGGGCUAUUCUCCUAGUCAUAUUCUAUUUGAUCCGUGUCUAAUGAAGGAGAAAGAAGGGCGGUGUAUAUUCGAUGAGAAUGAAAAGAUACAGAAAAUAGUAGGUGGAUACUACAAAAGUGACAUAGCAUCAAGUAGUGAUGAGGAAGAUGUGGACACAGAUAAAGACCAUCAUUUAGCUGUUAAAGUUAAAAACGACAAAAAUUCAAAUACGAAAGCCAAUAGCAAAGAUCCUCAAAAAGAGUAUUCAAGAAGGGUUAUGUUAUUUUCAAAGAAGGAAUCCCCAGGUCAUUUACUGAAAGAUGUAAAUAAAAAUUCUAUUGAUGUGGGAUCUAAAAAGUGGAAAAAUCAUCCAGAUUGGCCUUUAUGGCUAAAUAAAAUGGAUCAAAAACACCUGUUGGCCUCGGAUACAAUUCUUUCAAUUUUGCAUAUGUAUCGAAUCACUGGUGAUUCGAUUUGGAGGGACAGGGGUUUUGAUUUAUUUGAAGAGCUAGAACGAUCGAUAGAUUUAAAAGCAGCUGGUCCUAAAGGUUUAUGGAAAUUGACAGAGGAAGGUCAUACUCAAGGUGAAUACCCAAGCACAUGGUUAUCUCAGACCCUAAAGUUCUAUUACCUGCUCGGCAGUAAACCAGAUGAUAUCUCUCUUGACAACUACGUAAUAUCAAUGGGUGGACAUUUAAUAGGAAUUAACUAG